AUUCAAAAUUCUAUUCAUUAUUUCCACACAUUCAUUCUUUAUACAUUACAUUAGCAGAGAUUUUCUUCUACUCCGCUCAAAAUGAGUUCAACCAAUCCCCACUCCGACGGAAACCCUGAUUUAAUCAAGUACGGAAAGGACACAAAUGGAAAGGAUGACGUCUCAGUUCCUCCUGGUGCUCUUAGUAUUAUCUGGGGAAAUGAUCAGCGUUACUGGAAAAAUAUAGGCGAUCUCACAAAAAACCCGGAUAGUGCGGUAGCAGAGCUAAUACAAGUAUGCUGGCUAGAAGUGACCGGUUCAAUCAAGCUUAAACCGGAGAUGAAAGAGAAGACGUACGAGGUUGGGUUCGAAGUGUCGUUGACGCCGGACGCUUUCGGGUGGAGCAACUCGCCGGUGUACAUUAUGGGGAAAAGAAGGGAAAAGCCUAUAUGGAGAAAGAUGAACUUAGCGAAUAACAAAGGAGGAAUAUUCAACAUCCCGGAAACGCCGUUGAUCGUCGCGCCGCCGGGGGACGGCGGUUCCGACAACGACAAGGUUUACUUCGGGCUGUACGAGGUUUGGUCUGGGAGGUGGAAAGGUGGACUUAAGAUUCACAAGGCAUUUGUCAGGGAACUUUAAUUUCUGGUAAAUAAAUUCCAAUUUCAUCUUAAAUUCUUUUAAGAUUAAAAAAAUCAUGGAUGUAUUUGAUUGCCCAUUGUGCUGUGUUGCAAUAAGGUGAAAUCUUUGAUUGUCUCAUGAAUUUUCCCUUCGGAUUUUGAGUGAAUAAUGAUACUUAUACUUUCUUAAACAUA